CAUCGAGCGAGGUUUCAGAAGAUCGGAGAACAAAAAGCAAAAAAAGGGAAAACCCUGCCGCAGUGAAGUGUCAGUCUGUGAGCCGCUGCCGCAUGCUGGUUGAUGAGAUAUUUUCUCCCUCUGCAAGUAAGUGGGCCGGUCAACCAUGGUCGUUGUUGGACCGCAAUGAUGGUUUUGCUCUGCUUCAAGUUCGGCGACGGCAUGCAUGGCACUGGGUCGCCAUAAUGCUAUUGCACCGAACUUGCUGAGUUGAAUCUUGGCCAGCAAUUUUGGCGGUGGCUAGCCCGUUGGCAGCCCGAGAAUUCCCUUCCCAUCCUACCUUGGCCUCCGUGAGCGUACUUCGACUCCGUUGUACCACUUGGUACUGAUACCACUACGGUACAAAUGGCCCCGGUCGACGGCCAGAGCCGAGAUUCCAAGCGAGCGCCUAUCCCCAUACUCGCUGCCCGAUCGCACAUAUGUGGUGGUUGGCACUACCACCACGCUACCACACGGCUCCUCUGACGAGCUGAAGACAUUACGGCAAAGAAACGGAUACUGGCUCUUUCAUAGACACCUGCCCUCAGCCUACAAUGCAAUGCAUUGGCGAGAGAAUGACUAAUUCCCCAUGUCAUGUCCCAGCGAUUGGCUUGAGGGACGGCCUUGGUAAUUCAUCAUUGCAGUGAGCAAGGUAGGUAAGAAUAAGGCGGGGGGGUUUUGUUUUACCACAGUAACGCCAGACUCAUGUCCAAACAAGUCACAACUUACCUUACUACACCAGAGAUACACAGCAAAAGGCUGGCUACCUGCACUCGCUCCCAUUGAAGUGACGGUGCGGCGAGACAACAGGGCCAACAAGAAGAGCAGACACCGUAUCAACAAACAAAGGCACACGACUAUUUGACCCUAAACCCGGGAGAGUGAAAGUUCAAGGUCCCCUUUCACCACAGUCACUUUCACUCUCGCCGCCACAAUGCACAAGAUCCAAAUCCCACCAGGGAAGACAUGGUUCGGCAUCCAAAAAUGCCACUUCGCCGACGUCCCUGUCACUCAAACCACCGAGAACGGCGACGGCAUCUCAAUCACCGAAUUUCUCGAAGCCACCGAAUCAACAACCACAAUCUUUGACUUACUCGGCUCCGCCGUCUUCACACCCAUCAAACAAGACAUGUUAUUCAACGUGAACCGAGUACGAGAACGACAAAAACAGAACAACACUGUCCAAACACUCCAACAAUUGAUUAAAGACGAAUCAUCCCUACCAGACUCUGGAAAACCACCCCUCGCCCAAAACGCCACCGAGGGACUCACUUGGCUAGUUCGCGGAUUGGACUUUAUGGCCCACGCGUUCCGGGCCGAUUUAACAACUAACAAGGACGUCGCGGUAGGAGAUAAACAUCCCCGUAAAGAAUUGGGCGAUUUAUUCCGUGAGAGCUAUAAAGUCACCCUUGCGCCCUACCAUGGCGUGUUGAUCCGGCCUAUUUUUCGAGCGGCGAUGAGUGCGGCGCCGCGAAGGAGGGAUUUUUAUAUUCGGUUGAGUGGGCAGGGUGUUGAUCCGGAGCUGGCGAGACAAGAGUUGGAGAGGUGGGUUGAUGCGCUGGAGAAGAUUGUGGGGAUUUUGCAAAAGUUUCUGGCGAGUGUUAACAAGCCGGAGUCAAAGUCAAGCGAAGGGAAGGAAAAGUCUGCGGUUUGACGAGAGCAGGGGGCUUAGGCCCUGGCAGGGGGGUGGUAUACUACUAGUACCGCGAUGUGGCACUGGCAGUGAAGGGCGCUGAAACUGGAGGUGCGGGUGACUCAAUGAAUACCUAGGUACAUGUAGGUAGAUAGCGCCCAUAUAUGCAAUGCAUUUUAAUGCCGCGCCGCCUACAGCAUAGGUCAGGUCAGAUGGAUCAUGACCGAGGCAAUGGCAGGCAAUGGCAAUAGCAAUGAAGAUUGAAUCCG